GUGAUGCAAUCGUCUUAAUUGAGGUUACUUAUAUACAGAAGUCCUUGGAGUUUCCUACAGCAUAUCCACACAUCGAGCCUUUACUGCCUCCGCCGCCAGCUUCCAUACGUGGCUCAGAAAAGACACUGGGUUCUCCUGUUUGCUGCUAAAGGACCACUAACAACAUCUCUGACAAUUCUGAACCUGACUGACAAAAAAAUUAAAGAAUGAAGGUUACAAUAAUAACAUUUUGCCUGAUUGGAGCAGUUUUUUCCAAUCCAAUUUCAUACAAUGUUGUUUUGGAAUCAAGUGAGCUUGACGCAAACUCGACUGAAAGUUUGUCUGUUUCACAAUCGUCUGAAAAUAACACCUCCGAGCUUCAGAGCUCUGAAGAAAAUACCUCAAAUCAAAGUUCAGAGUCAGAAUCAUCAGAAUCCACAUCAGAGGACACGACUUCAGAAGAGAGUAACAGUCAGUCAGAUGAGAUUGAUGGGUCUGAUUCUAUGGCUGAAACCAGAGAUGACAGCAUGGGCAGUGAGGAGAAUGUUCGAAAGAGCUGGGUUCAAGCGUUUGCAAGUCGUCGACAAAGUCCUGAGCGCAGAAGACAACAGCAGCGCAGAGGUCAAAGGUGAAACGGAACACCUCAGCAGCGAGCUGCCAGAGAAGCUGCCCACUCUCUCACCCUCCACCGGCACCAUCUUCAAACUGAAGACCGGUUCCGCUCAGGGUCAAACGACAAACCUGCCCCUGGUGGGGAGCCCCACCGACAGCAGUGACACCACCAGCGACAGCGCAGACACCAGCGACAUGACUGGUGUUACCGCCGCCACCAGUGACAGCAGCGAGAGCACCAGCAGCGAGAGCGACGAGACCAGCGAGAGCAAUGACACCAGUGACGCCAGCAAGAGCACAGAGGAUAGUAACGGCAGUGACAGUGCCGAGCUGGAACAAAUCAAAACCAAAGACUGUGUGAAUGGAACUCAGAGCUGUGAAAGUGAGGAGUAUUUCUUCCAGGAUAUAGGAGAUGACGCCCACUACUCUGUAGACAACCUGAUGGUGCCAGAUGAGGAUGAAAGGGAGUUAAGUCUAAGAAGAUGAUGACAUGUACUUGUGCAACUUUAUAUGUUUCCCCACUAUGAACUACAACAACAUUAAAUGACCUGCCUGAAGACUUCAGGUUGACAAAAUUGCUAUUGCCCAUCGCUUCUGAAUGUUGACUGUGGCAUUAUAAUGUUACCUGCAGCUGACUGAUUUGUGUGUUUGUGUGAUUAUUAUUGUGAUGAUGAUGUAACCUCGUAUUUACUUUGUUUUUAUAAUAAUAAACAAAUAACCAUGGUACUGGGA